GUAUCACGGGAGGAUUUGCUCCUCCUAACCCAACAUCUGUCCAGACAUUCACAUCCUCAUUAUCUGAUGGCAACGCUUCUAUUCUCUUCCAACAAACCAAACGUGCUCACGACCAAAAGAGACUUCCAGAUGAGCCGACCGCCCAGGCAACCUUACCUACGUCUUCCCACACCAAAGUCGAUGAGCUCAUCAGCGAACUAGAAGGUAUUUUGAAGAAACUUCCGACAGAGAAUCCUCCAGGAAGCAAAGAUAUCUAUGGUGAGGAUAUAGGGCUGAUGUAUGGAAGCGAUAACGUCGAAUGGAUCAAUGGCGGUCCAGCUGGCUGCGGGGAGGGACAGUCAUCUGUGGAAGCGACAGAGGAGGACAAGAAGAAUUUCAAGAGGGCAAUCGCUAUCGUAGAAGAGCUAGCCAAGUUGGGUCAAGUUGACGUUGCUUAA